AUGCCCCCGCCCAUCGAGUAUAGGGCUUCUCCAUCUGAAGGCGCGCCCUCGAGCCUGAUGCCUGCCAUUCCAACCCCCCGAAACUCGAGCGAAAUGUCGUCGUCCCCUAACCAGGACGAGGCGGAGAAGCGCGCGGGUCGCCAGCACCCCGCUGCGUCCGUUGCGACUGCCCUCACCCCUCACGCCGACCCCACUCCCGAGCAGCCCAAGCCGGGCGUCUGGCGUCUCUUUCGAGCGAUUCUAGCCCGCAUUCAGCCCGCCACCAAGAACGACCCCAAUGAGGAUCACGCCACCAAGAACGGCCACACCCCGGAGCACGCGGAGUACACCACGCAGGCCAACACGGGCGACUAUCUCUCACCUCGCUGUCCGUCUCUUUGCGGCUGCCACCGCUGUGUUAAGGUCUCCAACGCGCUGUUUCCCCACCCUCAGCCGCGUCUGCCCCGCUCGACCCCUAUGCGCACCUCACAGCCCGAGAACAUCAAGCAGGAGAGCUCCUGCGACAACUAUAACGGUCGCAACGAUCGCGAGACUCUCCAGCUCACCGACCACCAGCCAGAUGGGGCCUACCUGGUGGUCUUGGACGUCGCAACCGAACUUCGUCACCUCGACGACCUGAGCGACAACGCUGGCAGCGCCGGCAACGUCAACGAGUCUGACCAGCUGUGCGUGUGCAACUGCUGUCCACACAACGGACGCAGCCUGCCCAAUGACUCUGACUGGAUCACGACCAAGAGUGACCAGACCAUCACGAUCGACAAGAUCGUUCAGACCGAGCCCAGCCACGAGCACCCUCACGACCAGCCCCCCUCGCCUGCCGACCAGCCUCAAACUCGCGGCCCCGAACGUGCUCCCCUCGUGCACUUCGCCCACCACGCCCGCCUCGCCGUGCUCAACACCGCGAACGCCGUCCAGUUUGCGAACAGGGGUCUGCAGCUCCUGAUGAAGGAGCAGAAGGACCGCCUUGCCCCCGCCCGCGUCGGGCCCGGCGAAUCGAUCUGGAUUGCGCUGCUCGACGCCUUCCUUGCCUGGCUGCUGCAGCCCGCUUGGCGCAUCUUGAUGGCCGAAACCCGCCAGAAGGCGCGUGCGGGUUUCGGCGUCCACCACGGGGUGCGCUUCAUCUUCCUCCGCGCUGGCAUCCACCAGACGCUCGUCAUGGUCGGUGCGCUCAUGUUCCUGCUUUGGGUGAUCGGCACGUGGAUGUACUUUGCUGGAGUCGAGUUCGUUGUCGUCAUGUCCGACGGGUCGGAGUAUGCCAGCUCUAUGGAGUACUUCAAGGAUUGGAUUUGGAGCCUCACCCCCCUCUUGGGCUUCCUGUAUCUGCUUGAAAACGCCGCGAACGCGGCCCAGAUGCAGGCCGCGUACAAUCUCUGUCAGAUGCGUUCCGCCGCUAUUGCCCGCGCCCAUCAGGAGUUGCGCGAGCAGGAAGCCGAGGCUGAGGUGAUGGAGGCGCAUCGUUUGGAGAACAAGCGCAAGGAGGCCGCGGGGUGGGCGCUCGAGUGCGCCGAAAGGGAGGCAAUUAGUCCGUGGUGGGUCGAGAGCGAGGGCAGUGAUUAG